AUGUCUGUCAAAUCCAGGAAAAGAAAUUAAAAAAAGAAAAUCAGUGGAGUGAACAAGCCAAAGGAUUCAGAGCCUACUGUCGAAAUGGGAGUGUUGACCAGAGGAAAUGUGUUGGAACACAGGGGUGAUCCAUGCCCUGAGAUUCAGGACAUUCCACCACUGAAGAAGAAAAGGAAAAAGAAAGCACAGACUAUUGAUCUGGAGAGUGAGCAGAGGGGAGCUGUAAAUGAAGCUGCAGAAAAGGUUUACACAGAUGGAGAGAACAUCAAUAGGAAAUCCAAAAGGAAGAGAAAGUCUAGGAUUACAGAUAAUAAGAAGACCAAUGAUGUGGGAAACCAGAAGAAGGAUGACAAUGUUAUUACUGCACACACUUCUGUUGUUCAUCGCUCCCUGUUCUCUGCACCGAGUUCUAGUCAACCUCUCAGCAAAGUGUUUGUAGAGAGAAACCGCCAAUUUAAAGCAACAGAAGGAUUGGACCUCAGUCAUGAGGAGUUGGAGGAGUUUAUGGAAGUAAGAUCUGUGUGGAACACACGGGACGUUGCCAUGAGAGUUCACUGUGGGAGCAGGAUCAUCGGCCUCUUCUGUCAUGGUUUCCUGGCAGGCUACGCUGUGUGGAAUAUUAUUGUUGUUUACGUGCUAGCUGGGGAGCAACUGAAAACACUUUCGAACCUGCUGCAGCACUACCAUAGUUUAGCCUAUCCAACUCAGUCUCUACUCUACUUUCUGCUUGCUGUUUGCACUGUUUCUGCAUUUGACAGGGUGAAUCUGGCCAAGUCCUCUAUGGCCCUGAGAGGGUUCCUUACACUGGAUCCAGUAGCCCUUGCUUCUUUCUUUUACUUUUUAGCUCUUAUUUUAUCUCUGAGUCAGCAGAUGACCAGCGACCGGAUCAACCUGUACCCCAAAGCCAAUGCAACUCUAUGGCCUCCAGGUUCAGAGCACCAGUUUUUACAGCCUUGGAUUGUGGUGAAUCUGGUUAUAGCUUUACUUGUUGGACUGGCUUGGGUUUUCAUCUCCACCAGACCAGAUAUGGACUAUACAGAAGAGUACUUAAUGGCAAUGGAACUAGAGGAGUAUCCACAGCAUGAGGAGAAAUGUGAAAUCCCAUCCUAAAACAUAACAUCACUAAUGGAAUUAGUUAAAUGGAAGAUGGUUUGUUAGAUGAUAAAUGAGAAUGUUAG